AGAUAGCAGCCUCGGGAGAGAGGCUAGGCUAGGGCUUGGGUUGGAGAAGCUUCAGCACCUCGGUCAGCGCCCACUGCAGCCCAACCCACCCUCCCGAGCUCGCGCGGACUCCCAGCUCUGAGAAUGCCUGCGGAAUGAUCGCCCCCCAGGGCGGCUGCUGCUACUGCUCCCGCUGCUUCUGCUCCCGCUGCUCCUGCUCCCGCUUCUGCGUCUCUUGCUCCUGCUCCAGCCACCGCCUCUGCCUCUACUCUGCUCUGACUGGCGGGCAGAAAGUGCAACUGACGAGGGAAAGGUCUCUGCAGUGAGAGUGGAGUGGCUACAUAAAAGAGAGUAAAAAGAGGGCAAAAACCCAGAUCAGAAUGCAGGCGACGUCCAACCUAUUCAAUCUCCUGCUGCUGUCUUUGCUUGCUGGAUUAGAUCCUUCCAAGCUCUCUGGGAUGCUACAACCUUAAUACACUUGAGAAUAACCUGCUGUGUUUCCUGAUACUUGAUGACUCAGAUUAGUCCCAAAGAAGGGUGGCAAGUCUACAGUUCAGCACAGGACCCUGAUGGACGAUGCAUAUGCACAGUGGUGGCUCCAGAACAAAAUCUGUGUUCCCGGGAUGCCAAAAGCAGGCAGCUUCGCCAGCUUCUGGAAAAGGUUCAGAACAUGUCCCAGUCUAUUGAAGUCUUAAACUUGAGAACUCAGAGAGAUUUCCAAUAUGUUCUAAAAAUGGAAACCCAAAUGAAAGGGCUGAAAGCCAAGUUUCGGCAGAUUGAAGAUGAUCGGAAGACACUAAUGACCAAGCAUUUUCAAGAGUUGAAAGAGAAGAUGGAUGAACUCCUGCCCUUGAUCCCCGUGCUGGAACAGUACAAAACAGAUGCCAAGUUAAUCACCCAGUUCAAGGAGGAAAUCCGCAAUCUGUCUGCCGUCCUCACUGGGAUUCAAGAGGAAAUCGGUGCCUAUGACUAUGAGGAACUGCAUCAAAGGGUGCUGAGCCUGGAAACCAGGCUUCGUGACUGCAUGAAAAAGCUGACAUGUGGCAAAUUGAUGAAAAUCACAGGCCCAAUUACAGUCAAGACAUCUGGAACCCGAUUUGGCGCUUGGAUGACAGACCCUUUAGCAUCUGAAAAAAAUAAUAGAGUCUGGUACAUGGACAGUUAUACUAACAAUAAAAUUGUUCGUGAGUACAAAUCAAUCGCAGACUUUGUCAGUGGGGCUGAAUCAAGGACAUACAACCUCCCUUUCAAAUGGGCAGGAACCAACCAUGUUGUCUACAACGGCUCACUCUAUUUUAACAAAUAUCAGAGUAACAUCAUCAUCAAAUACAGCUUUGAUAUGGGGAGAGUGCUUGCCCAACGAAGCCUCGAGUAUGCUGGUUUUCACAACGUUUACCCUUAUACAUGGGGUGGAUUCUCUGACAUCGACCUAAUGGCUGAUGAGAUUGGGCUGUGGGCUGUGUAUGCAACUAACCAAAAUGCUGGCAAUAUUGUCAUCAGCCAACUUAACCAAGAUACCCUGGAGGUGAUGAAGAGCUGGAGCACUGGCUAUCCCAAGAGAAGUGCAGGGGAAUCUUUCAUGAUUUGUGGGACACUGUAUGUCACCAAUUCCCACUUAACGGGAGCCAAGGUGUAUUAUUCAUAUUCCACCAAAACUUCCACAUAUGAGUACACGGACAUUCCCUUUCAUAACCAAUACUUUCACAUAUCCAUGCUUGACUACAACGCAAGAGAUAGAGCUCUUUAUGCCUGGAACAAUGGUCACCAGGUUCUAUUCAAUGUCACCCUUUUCCACAUUAUUAAGACAGAGGAUGACACAUAAGCAAAUGUAAUUUGUUUUCAUUGAUCAUAACCGCGUCAUUUGUGAUAAACUCUAUAGAACCCCUUCUGUUUUCCCUUUAUUAUAACUUUUCAUCAUUUCUCCAAAGCGUUUUUUAUUAUAAAGUUGGUUUGUCAAAAAUCAGCCAAACCUGUCUAAAUUAACAUGUUGGAAACACAUCUUAACUCCUAAAUUAGCAGGGCCUACCAUGUCCUUGUCAUGAAAAGCACUAAAAAGAGCUUAAGUGGCUAAAGUUAUAGUUUUGCAAAAGAUUAAUAAUCUGCCUUAUAUUAGAGUCAGAGACUAAUGAUGGCUUAAAUGCAUGAAUGUCUUUUUUUUUUAAUUCUGUCAUUUUUUACUGUCUUUUGCUCUACAUCAGGAAAUAUUUUGGUAGGAAUUAGAAAAAAAGCACUUUCCUCCCAUUUAUUUCUAAAAAAAGAUUUAAGGAUUUUAUUUAUAUGGAAAAAUAUAUUACUCAUUUUGCUGUUAUAGAAUUCUCUGAUGCGGUGCUGUACAGUCAUUUUUAAAUCUCUUGCUAACAUUUUAUUGGCAAUAUGUAUUUCUACCAUUGUAACCACCAUUGUGCAAUUGUAUCUCUUCACUUCUGUGAAAGUAAGUAAUAUUUUUUAUAAAAUACACUGAAGUUUAAUCUCAGUAAUUAUUAUGGGACAAUUUUCAAGUAUGGUCAAGAAAGAAAUAUCUUCUUGGCUUCCCCUUUACUUAAAUUUAUAAGCUAGAAGGAAAAAUCAAACUAAAUCCCUUACACAGAAUAUUUUUUGUACCCCAAGUUUACUGGACCACUAACACUGAAUGCUAAAACUGAUUCACUACGGAUGAGUUACUCUGUUCACGUCACUGAAAGCAACCCGUAUUGUUGCUUGCAAAGAUACAACUGAGUCAGAAAAUUUUGGAUUUGAGUUGACUUUACUCAUUUAUCAUACAACCAACCAAAUUUUGUUCUUCAUAAAUAAAUAUAUUAGUGUUUUAACUUAAAUUUUACACACAACUUGCAAUAAUGUAAUUACUUGUGUCAGGACUCUGAAGGUACAUGAAGCACAUAUAGAAACUCUUAAAAAGAAAAUUUCUGUGAGGUCAUCUAGAUUUACAUUAUGAGCUCUGUGGCAAUAUUAGUGCAAAAGAAAAUGAUGGGAAGACUUGGGAGUUGUCUGUGCAGUUUGAAUGUGCAAAAGCCAAUUCAGAAAACAAGAUGAGAAAGGCAACCCUUGUUACCCUGAUUCAUAAUGUGCACAGAAAUAAUGUAACCAAAAAAGAAAGCUCUAAGAAUAUUUUAUUUUAAUAACUCCAAAAACACAUAAUCAAUAUUUAUCAAACAUGUCGGUGAGUUUGGAUGUCCUUUCCAUAUGUUAAGAAUACUUACCUAAGGCAGUUUUACAGAAACUAGUGUGGGUGGGUUUUACAAUUUAAAAAGUAGAUUCUAUAACAAAUAAUGUAUAACUUAAAUUGUGGUAAAUGUUUAGUUUCACACAUACAUAAUAACAAUUUCCUUUGUAAAGUAAGGAUAUAAUAAUUCAGAUAAAGCAUUGUGUAAAGAAAUGCUAACACUUAAGAGUAAUUCAUUUCAAAUGUCACAAAACAUAAUUCUCAAAUAUCUCACUGUCAAAGUCAUAGAAUUAAAUAACUCAAUCUUGAGAUUGUUAAACAAAGACUUCUUUUCUUUUUUGCCUACAAAAAGUUAGCAUGACUUAGUGACCACUCUGGGUCCUUUUGCAAUGUUGUCUGCUCUUCUAAAAUGUUUAUAUAAGUUCUCCUCUGUUUUUGAGAGUUAGAAAACUUAGGGGAUUCACUUGUCAUUGUACACACACCACAAAAAUAAUCAGCCAAUACUUUGUAUAUCAAGAGUUUGUAUGAAGAAAGAAAGUUAAUUUCAAAAAUGAAUGAAUUUUUAAGUAGAUGGCCUCUGAUGGAUAACUGGGUCUUCAUUACUUGUUUUUUAAAAAAAAUUAUGUAAUAUAGUAACACAUACAUUCAAAACCUGGAUGAUCACAGCUUUUUUGUGAGAUGUGCAGCUUGUAAAGCACUUUAUUGUUUUCUAUGUAAGGUAUCAUCACCAUUUCCAAUUUCUAGUGUAUGUGCUGCUAGGGCAAGCACAGAUUUUAUUAUUGUCAUAGAAGUGGGGGUAACAUGAGUUUAAAAAUGUGAUUUGCAUUAAACAUUUACAGUUUAAAAGCAUUUUUCUUAAUAAAUUAUUAUCAGUUUUGUGCCUGAAAUAAUAACUUACUCUAAUCACUGGGUUUUUUUUAAAUCUCAGAUAAAUUUUAUGAGGGAAAUAAUUUACUACUUUAAAAUCAUUUACAUAAUCCUAUCAGUAAAGAAAUCCAAGCUUAAUCCUAAAUGAACUGUGCAACUGGUAUUUUCUGAAUUAAGCAGAUCUUUAACAAACUUCCAUGUCAUUCAAAUAAUAACAUGAUCAUGGUCUGAUUGUGUUUGUGUGACAUUUGUAUUUGUGGCACUUGAAUCACAAUACUUAUUAUCUACACUUACAGCUAUUAGUUCACAAAAUGAUAGUGUUUCAGUACAUUACUAAUAUGUAGGGUAAAAGAGAAAAUAACGAUACGCCUAAAUGUAACAUUACAAGUAAUUAGAUAAGAUUUAUCAUAAGUUCAGAAUUUCUGGUUUUUAUCACCAUACUCAGAGUCAUUUCAUCCUUUGUAAUCCAUAGUACUCCUUCUAAUGAAAUCUUGUCUUGAGAAACAAUUUAUUCCUAAUAAGAAAAUGGUCUUUCAAAUCACUACCAAACUUACAAGUAUAAACUUUUCACACAGAAGAAUUAUUUUUUAAAUGUAACUAUAUAAAAUUGUUCUUAUGUUCUCCUAAAAAUAAAAGUUAUUUUCCUACAUAGGCAACUUUUACAUGUAAUAAUCCUUUAGCUUUAUUCUCCUUAAAGAAUAGAUUUAAAAAAAAGAAGAAAAAAAGAAAACCCUACUGGUCUCCUUAGCACUCAGGAUUACCAAAUCAUUUCUCCAAAUGCUAAAUCUGAAUGCAACUGAUAGCAAAAUUAAAACUAUUCCUUCAAAUUAGAGCAAAUAUGAAAAAAUAGACAUUGCAGAGUUUCUAAAAGCUGAAUUCUGUCUUCUUUUGAAGACAGAAUUUAAAAAUGGCAUCUUGCUGACUUGACCAGGAAGAUACCAUUAUAUCCUUUAUGAACACCUUGAAUUCCUAUGGCAUUAUAAAAGAAUGGGCAUUUACAGACAAAUCUUAACUUAGCCUUCUCCAUCAUCACAUGAUAAGUGGAUCACAAGAAGAACUCCUAUAAAGUGGUCUACUUAGCACUAUAGGCAGGGAGCAUUAAAUUAAAACUUAGCUGUUACAGGAUGACACAAAACCUUCAUCUCUGAAUGCUCAUAGUGAGAAACACUGAUUUCUAGAAAGUCUCAGAGGCACUAAAUAUCACUCAGUUCAGUAGGCUAUAUCCAUACUGAAAUCAAGAUCAUGGAAUGGUUUCUGGUUCUAAAAUUAAAUAAGCUUAGCAAGCUAAUAAUUUUUCAUAAUCAGUGACUCUUCAGAGAAGGUCUGGGGCUUUGUAAAAUAUAUUGUUUUGAAUUUAACUUAUACUAGAAAAAAUACAAUGAAAACAGCUUAUGGAAGGAAAACCAACUUCAAAAUCUUUUAGCUAUUUUUCUAUGAAAUAAUGAAUUCAACUGAUGACAAUCUCUUUAAUAGAAAACUGCUCUACCCUUUAACCAAUCAGAAAGAAAGCCUCCCAAACUGACUUUAUCAAGCUCAUGUAUCAGAUUCACAUCUUAAAAUUAUGUUAUGCAAUUUAUCCCUUUUGGGUGACCUGUUCCGUUACGCUUAGAGCAAUUUUAAUCCUGUUUGGAUUCUGCUUUGUCUCCAAAAUGUCAAACUGGUUGGCAGAAAACUUAUCCCCCUUGAAGCUCAGUUCAUUGAUUGCCAAAUAAGUUUUACAAGUAUAAAUUAUUAUUAAACAUGUCCUGAAAAUGAUAUAAGGACCUAGAACUGUACCUUGCCAAGAGUACUUAGUACCUUUCAUAACUAUAACCAUCUUAAAACAUUAUUCCUAAUUAGAGAUGUGGAGCAAUGUGGUAAAUAAGGAGAAUUUCUCAGGAAUACUUAGUGCUACAAGAAAUUUGCUGAUACCACACACACAAAUACAGUUCAGUACAAAGUUGCACCCCUACCAACAGUACAGUCUGCCUCUAAGAGCUCACACCAUAUUCUAAAAUAAAUAAAUAAAUAAAUAAAUAAAUAAAUAAAUAACCAACCAACCAACCAAAAUAAUGCCAUAAUAUAUCAUUGCCUACCACAAUCAGACCUGGAAAUAUCAUAUUAUCAGCAGACAUUUCCAGAAAAUAAAUACUGUAUGACAAAGGUCUUGAAAAGACCUCAAAAAAAUGAGCAAAAAGAAGCAUCAGCCAUUUUAAAUUUAAGCAUGUUACUGAAAUUUAUCAUACUGAACUUGGUAAAACAUAUCCAGCUAAGCUCUUUGUCUAUAUUGUAAUUCUUAACUUCAUGAAUUCAUAUGUUACCAAUAUGUAGUUUCUGGGCUUUCCAGCUAGGUAAUACUGCAUUAUUUAUUCAUUUAUUUAAAAAAUAAUCCCUGAUGAAAACCAUGUAUCUAGACAAUUUCUAGAUGCUAAGGAUACAGCUGUUAACAGAUAAGAUCUUCUUCAUGUGCUUACAUUUUAGUAAGAACAGGCUGCAAUGAAAAUAUUAAUGAAAAACAAGUUCUAAUUGUACUAAUUGUUGUGAAGGAAAUAAAUACCUUAAGUCAUAAAAAGUGAGUGGAUGUUUGCUAGGGGCAGGAUUGGGGUAGGAAGUGAUGUAUAAGAGAGAACAGUAAAGGGCGAUUUCUCUUAGAAGCAGCCUGCCAUGGUAAAUUCAGUCAAAGAAUGGAAUGUCACAAGUCCAAUCCACAUACAAAACUGAACAUCUUCCUUUACGUUCCUAGAAAUCCAUGGAUCAAAUAUUUCUUAAUAUGUCUCUAUUGCAGAAGUUAUUUUUUUAACUUGGAGUUUGAGGAUAUACUUCUGGGCAUGGCUGAACCCUGAAAAUAUGUGCUAAAUUUAGUGUAUAUAUGUGGUUGUACAUUCUUUCACGUAGAAGAUUCACAGCUUUCGUCACAUUCCCAAAGAACCAUGACCAAAAAUCACCACAAUGUCAAUGCAAUCUAAUUUAAUCACAAAUUUACUAAACAUCUUUAUGAUAAGCACUGAACGUCUGUUAUCUGUCUUGCAAUCCAAGAACUUCAGCUUGCUUCGGAAAGGAAAAAAAUCAACACCCUAAUAUUGUUGGUAAUUUUUUUCCUCAGAAGAACUCAAGAUUAAGUUGUUCCCUAUAAAAACUUUAAAGGGAUUUAAUAUUUUGUCCAAAUCUAAUUAUUUUUCUGUGAUCCAGUCUUUAGAGCACCUUCUUGCCAGAUUCAGUGACCCAGGGUCUCUAUUAUAAGGCUCCUAUAAUUAUUUGAAUCUCGAGAACAUUUUCUUAAAAUUCUAGCACAGCCUUUUGGCAGCCCCAUUAGAAUCUGACUGAAAUUGAGCAGAUGUGGUGUGUGCUUCAUCAAAUUCAACUGCAAACUCCUCUUCUGAAAUUAGCAACUGUGGCAACACAGAAACAGUGAAAAAAGAAGGGUUAUAACACUUGCCUUGGUUUUGAUACGUAUGCAAUCUACAACUACAAAAAAUAAAAAGGUUUUUAUUAAAAAAAAAACCUCCAGUCAGUAACGUGUUGAAGCUGCUUCUGUCAGAGAUGUUUUCUUCCCCCCUCCCAACCAAAGAACUCGAGAAGACAUUCAUUAGCUUCUACUUCAA